GUGGAAUUUUAUCCACAAUAUCCUCCCAAAUCCAGCAUCAGAUUUUUGAAGAGAGGGGGCAAGUGGUUCAGUGGCUAAGAACUUCUUCACAAAAUCUAAGCUGCCCAUCCCUGAACUUUCACAUAUAUGGGAACUUAGUGAUGUAGACUGUGAUGGAGCAUUGACAUUAUUGGAAUUCUGCGCGGCCUUUCACCUUGUGGUUGCUCGGAAAAAUGGUUAUCUUUUGCCAGACACUUUGCCAGAGACUCUACUGCCUGAUUAUCUUCAAACAGCUUCCCUCAAGACUCAGUGUGACUGUAUGUUGAAUUCUUAUUCAGAAACAUUGUCAGUAGGUCAACAAACCAGAGAUUUCAGCAGGACUGAGCUGGAAACUGUCCGGGAGCAUCCAAACAACUCAGAGCCAUUGAUUCUCCUCAAGACAACUUCUGUUGAACCGGAGACUUCUCUUGAAGAUGCACCUGAUAAAAUUGCCCUGACACAGGAUGCAGUUAAUGAUGACAAACAAGGUCUGAAAAUUAGCACAUCAGUCCAAACAAUACCAAAGGAAUGUAAAGCAUCUCAGCACUUGGCUGUCAAAACAGUUUCUCAGGAAUCAAACACUCUUAAAGCAAGACCAAGGUCCAGGUCUUAUUCUAGCACAUCUAUUGAAGAUGCAAUGAAGAAAGGGGGAGAACCUCCAACUCCCCCUCCAAGACCACAGAAAUCACAUUCCAGAGCAUCCUCUUUGGAUCUAAAUAGAAUGUUCCAACAAAACACACAAGGGGGAAACAGCCACCCAGGAGGCUGCAGUAGCCGGGAGAAGGAGCAGUUGAGGAAGGGGCAGCCCAGCCUGGCUACUGGCUGUCUUGGGCCGGGGCUAGGAGCUGGCAGCCGGAAUGCCCAGUCUGGCAGUAGCAGGGCGUCUGCCCACACAGGAGGAGGGUGGCAGCAGCUGCAGCAGCUGAAGGGACUGUGGGGCGCCAGAAAAGCCGCCCACUAA